GGGAAGGAAGGAAAUCCACGAAACCCCCUGCGAUCAAUCCCAACCAUGUCUGCCUUUCAGGACUUUGGGCCCCUCUCGGAGCGCCGGAGGGCCGAAAGGCAGCAGAUUAAGCGGAAGCGCCUCAUGAUCGCUGGCGCCACCACCUCCGUCGUGCUGGUCCUCGCGGUGGUCGGCGUCGUGGUUCAAUACAAAGCCAAUGGCCCCAGCGACUCGGGCGAUUCUGACGGGUCGAGCGCCUCCGGCGGUUCCGCCUCCAAGCGGGCAUUCCACACCAGCUCGGCCAUUCAGGUCAUGUGUUCGUCGACCGACUACGAGAGUGCCUGCCAGUCGAGCCUGAAGAAAUUCGUCAAUGAGAGUUCGAAGCCCAAGGACCUGGUGAGGGCAGCCGUCUCCGCCCUCGUCGACGAGGUUGGCAUGGCCUUCAACAAGUCCGACUCCAUCAAGUCCGACGACCCGUCGGUGAAGGACGCCGUCGGUAUCUGCAAGGAGAUGCACCGGUACGCCGUGAAUGACCUGGCGAAGGUGUUGAGCACCAUCGACGCGCACCACCUCGACAAGCUCCCCGAGCAGGUCCACGAGCUGAAGAACUGGCUGAGCGCCGUCGCCGCCUCCCAACAGACGUGCAUCGAGGGAUUCCCGGAGGGGGACCUGAAAACCAAGAUGCAGACUGCCAUGACUUCCGCGAAGCAGAUUACGAGCAAUGCUUUGGCCAUCGUCGGAAAGAUGUCCUCCUUCCUCUCUCUCCUUCACGUCUCCGGCUUCCAUCGCCGCCUCCUUGAAGCAGAGCCGGUCGAGCCGGCCUACCAUGAAGAUGGUGCGCCUUCAUGGGUGUCCGACAGCGACCGCAGGAUACUUCUGAGUAAAGCCACCAAGCAACUCACGCCCAAUGUUACGGUCGCCAAGGAUGGAAGCGGAGAUUUCACCACCAUUUCGGAUGCACUCGCCAAGAUUCCAAAGAAUUAUGAUGGAAGGUAUGUGAUCCACGUGAAGGAGGGAGUGUACGAGGAGACUGUGUUGGUCGACAAUUACAUGGUAAACGUCACCAUGUAUGGCGAUGGUUCAAGGAAGACAGUGGUCGCCGGGAGCAAGAACUUCAUUGACGGCGUGAAGACCUUCAACACCGCAACCUUCGCUGCGGUUGCCGAUGGGUUCGUGGCCAUCGCCAUGGGAUUCCAGAACACGGCGGGCGCCGCGAAGCACCAGGCAGUGGCGCUCCGCGUGCAAUCCGACCGCGCCAUCUUCCUCAACUGCAGGAUGGAGGGGUACCAGGACACGCUCUACGCCCACAGCCACCGUCAGUUCUACCGCGGCUGCCUCAUCAGCGGCACCAUCGACUUCAUCUUCGGGGACGCGUCCGCCGUGUUCCAGAAUUGCAUCAUGACCGUGCGCCGCCCCCUGGACAACCAGCAGAACAUCGUCCUCGCCCAGGGCCGCAACAUCCCCCAAGAGGACACCGGCUUCAUCGUCCAGAAAUGCCGCUUCGUCGCCGACGACGCCCUCGUCCCCGACGUCGCCAAGAUCCCCAGCUACCUCGCCCGCCCGUGGCAGGAAUACUCUCACACAGUCAUCAUGGAAUCCGACAUCGGAAGCUUCAUCCACCCCGACGGCUACACGCCAUGGAGCGGCGACUUCGCCCUGGCCACCUUGUCCUACCGCGAGUACAACAACAAAGGCCCCGGUGCUGACACCUCCAAGCGGGUGAACUGGCCAGGGUUUAAGGUCAUUGGCCAGAACGAAGCCAAAGCCUACACCAUUGCACCAUUCAUUCAGGGAGACGACUGGAUCCCCAAGACGGGCACGCCUGUUCGCUUGGGUCUCUAUGGCCAAUGAGCACUGCACCCCUCGCUUUGCUACCUCAAAUAUGUGAGAGACGUCAUGGAAUUGAUGAGGUUAUUUUGUACUGAUGGGAUACUUGAAGGAGAAGCU